AUGUUUGCCUUCACCCAACGCACGCUCGCACUACUCGCCGCACCGCUUCUUCUCGCCUCGGCGGUUCCCGUGGCUCUGAAGGCAAGACAGGGCUUCUCCGGAGACGGCACGUUCUUCGAGACCGGCCUCGGCGCAUGCGGGAUCUCCAACACUGAUGCUGAUUUCAUCGCUGCUGUAGGAGCAGGAACGUUCGACUCCUUCCCGUUUGUGUUCUCUCUCACUGAUGGAAAACCCGGGACUAAAUCUCCAUCCCAAUCGCCGCUCAGCGGUGCCACAGCCAACCCGAACACUAACCCGAUCUGCGGCAGACAGAUCGUUGCCAACUUCGAGGGCAAGAGCGUGACGGUCGCAAUCACUGACCGAUGCGCGGGUUGCGCUGGCGCUGCAGACUUGGACUUUAGUCCCGCGGCCUUUGCGCAGCUUGCUGAUCCCUCCGUUGGCCGCUUGACUGGCGUUACCUGGGAUUUCGUCUGA